UAUCGGAUCACUUUCUGCGCGCCUGUUCAGGGGUGACGCUUGAUGAUGACGUAGCAGCCGACUUCCACGGUGCAGCUCUUCUGAGUUCUUAAAACCAAAGAAAACAUUUAAUCAACAAAACACACCGUCGGACGAACAGGGUGAAGCUGUAGGUCUGCAGAGAUGCACAACGCAGUGCGUGAAAUCAGCAUCUCAUCGGAGCCUGACUCCUCCUACUUCCUGCAGGUGGACUGGAGGGGGCGGGGCUUAGAUUCAGGCUUCCAGUUGCUGCUGACUGAUGGACAGGAUGCCUGGAGAGGAGACGUGAGCGAGGCAGCAGUGUGCAGCGAGGCGGAGGAGCUGGAGAUGGAGACGGAGAGGUACAUCCAGGACCUCCAGCAGGCGCUGACCGAGACAGAAAACUCCAACACGUACAGCUUCACCCUGACGCCGUCUCCACCCGACCACAGCGCCGCUGUCACACUGGCGUACGAGAAGGUUCAGAAGGACAUCUCUUUCAGGUUGGGUUCUGUUUUGCUGAACGCUGUCCCAGAACCGGCUAAGGCCGUGAGAGAGUUACUGAUUCUCAGUCUGCAGAGGGGAAAUAAACUGGAGCGCCUCAACCAGAAACUAGAGGAGGAGAACCAGAGACUGAGACGAGAACAGCAACGCAUCACUGCAGAGCUGAAGCGCUAUGCUGGUGGCAAAGAAGCCCUGGAGGCAGAGCUGUACUCUCGGUUUGUCCUGGUCCUGAAUGAGAAGAAGGCCAAGAUCCGCAGUCUACAGGAAACUCACACACACCUACAGGAAACAAGGAGUUCUGAAAAGGUGGGUUCUGUAAAAUCAGACCGAACAGCCGGUCAGGAGGAGGAUGACUAUGGAGGUAGUACUGAUGAAGAGCCAGAGGAAGUGCAGUCAACUCCAGCCUCCGCUUUAUCGUCCCUGCAAUCUUCUACUGCGAAUCCUCUGGAAGACAACCUUAAGGACAUCACAGACGUGGCCCCCUGUCGCAAGCGACGCUUUCGUCACCUCGGAGCCCCCGACCCUGCGGUUAAAAAACCGAACACACAGAGCUCCCAGAGAAAGAGGACCGACCCCCCUGCAGGAUCCAGUAAGGAGCAGACGCCCCGGCGCUCAACAGAUGCUGCAGCAGCAAGUUCAGCAGCAGAGGACCUGUUUGAAGACUUUUGACCCUGCAUAGAGAGAGAAACAUGAGAACAGCACUGGUUUAUGUUGCAACGGUGUCAUAUUUUUAUACUGAGUUUGUGUAUUAGGAUCAUGAAAUUAUUUAUAAGGAACAACAGGUGGGUGACAAAUGAAGGCGAUAAAAAAAACAACAAAGUGGUAAGAUGUUCCACCUCAAGAAUACUCGUAGGUUCUCCAAGUCUGUGGAGAGAUGAAAAUCAUUCUUCCGAAAUGUAUUCACUCAUUUGUUGUUUUGACGAUGGUGGUGGAUACCAUGGUUGUUUAAAUACCUAAAGGAUCCCUAAAAUCACAAGAACCACCUCAGAAUCCUAAUGUAACACUAGAACCAGCGAAAGGAACUCUUAAACGUCCUAAAGGAUCACUAGACCCAACCUAAGGAACCCUAGAACGUCCUAAAUGAUCAUUACAAUCACCUUAAAGAACUCUAGGACCUUCUAAUGUAACACUAGAUCCACCCUAAGUAACAGUAGUAAUGAUCAUUACAAUCACCUGAAGAAACCCUAUAACGUCCUAAAGGAUCACUACAACCUCCUUAAGGAACCAUAGAACACCCUAGAUGAUUUUUAGAACAGAACCACCUCAAGGAACCCUAGAAUGUCCGAAAGGAUCACUAGAGCACCCUAAAUGAUCAUUACAAUCACCUGAAGGAACCCUAUAACGUCCUAAAGGAUCACUAGAGCAUCGUAAAUGAUCAUUACAAUCACCUGAAGGAACCCUAUAAACUCCUAAAGGAUCACUAGAAACACCUAAGGGACCCUAAAAUAUUCGAAAUGAUCCAAGAACCACCUAACGAUCCUAGAAGAUCACCCAAAGAAACCAUUGAACAUCCUAAACGAUUGUUAGAACCACGUAAAGGAUCCCUAGAACAUUGUAAAUCAUUGUUAGAACCACCUACAAUAACCCUAGGACCUCCUACAGGAUUGCUGCAACCACCCAAAGAUUAUUAAUGAUCGCUAGAACUGCCAAAAAGUCUCAAAUGAUCUCUAGAACCACCUAAUUGACUACUAGAACGUGUGAUCUGGUAAGGCCACAGUGAGCCUCAAUGUCAUGCACGGAAGAAUCUGCUUUCAGUAUGUUCCUCCAGUCACCUCUUCAGGCGUUCCCUUUCAUUUGUGGCCUGUCUGAAGUUCUGUAGAAUCACUACGUAUUUUAAACACUUUUGUAAUGUGCUUCAUGAACUGGAAAUGAAUUGUGACUUUUAGAUAUUUACAAACUUGUCAUUUUAAUAUUUGUACCAAUAAACAACAUGAACGUGUUAUUUUUUUUCAUGUAAAUUACAAGGUUGUUUGUGUUUAUUUUUUAAAUGACCUUUAAAGGGGAACUCCAUUUUACAUGUCAAUAUCAAUGCACUAGUUCAGAGGGGUUCUUGCGUCUCGUUCAGCAUUUCUUUCACCAGUCGAUCUGAAAAAGUGACGUGCGGUCCUGUGUUUUGCUUUCCAUAUUCUAACACUAAGUCCACUCAUAGCAGGUAAUAUUAAAAAAAUGCUGACCUCUGUGGUUUUAACAAACUUAAAACAACAAUACAAACAACAACGGCGAUCAAAAACAACAGGUCCCAUGAAACCUGAUCAGCAAGGCAGAACAAGAACUUAGACCACCGUACCUUGGUUUCAACCCUAUUUAUAAAUCUCACCUUUCCAGCUUUAAUAAAUCUCUGGUGUCUAAAAACUUCUACAGCGUCGACUCUGUUCCGCUGUUAUUUCAGACGUGAACGAAUUGGAACUCCUGGACUCGCUCAUGGACUCUUCUGUCGAGCCGUGACGUUUAAUGUUUGGUCUGUGGACUCGAGCAACACAGUCACGCGCAUCGCUUGGUUGCCAUUGGGAAGUCUAAAGAGACGCAAAGCAUUUUGGGGCGGUUGAGUGUGUCCAGUAAACUCACAGCGCAGAAAUUCCUGCUAAUCUAGUACACAUAGGGCUUUUCUCACAGUGAGAGUAGUACGUUGGUAGAGAUUCUUGAUGUGUUCAAAAUCAAAAAGCAUACUUUUUCUUUUUACUCGUAGUAGCAGCUGCCCUUACAAAUGACGUAUAAUAUGAUAUACAUACUACUUCGGGUCAGAAUAGCCAGGAAAGCAUGCUGGACUGCAGGCAUGCUGCAUUUGACGUCAUAUGUAGUGGGACUUUCUAAAUAUUUUUCAUAUGGUAAUGUGACAGUUGAAACAGGGACCCUCUGUUUAAGGCUGGAUCUUUAGUUAUUAGUGUUGUUACAGAUGUCAACAGGAUUUUUAAUGAGGGGUUGUUAAUUCUGGAACAGAAUCUGGAAGUUCUGGUUUCACUUCGGCUCUGAAUAGUGUCACCUCUGAGGGGGUUUCAAACCCACCUUUAAUGCUUUUUCUGACCUUUUUUUUUUUUU